AUGCUUAAAGAGUAUGCAUCAAUAGAAGAAUUUGCUAAACAAAAUAAUACCAAUACGAUAAUUAAAAGAAUUCUAAUAGCAAAUAAUGGAAACGCUGCUUUGAAAUUCGCAAAGUCCAUAAAAGAAUGGUGUUUACAAGUUUUUAAUAAUGAAAAUGAAAUAGAACUUGUAGGUCUGGUAACUUGUGAAGAUGAGUCUGGAUCUGCAGAGUAUAUAUCAUUUUUAGACUUUGUAGCUAGGCUGCCUGGUGGAAGUAACAACUUUAACUACGCGAACAUCGAUGAGAUUGUUAAAGUCGCGAAUGCUUUUGAAUGUGACGGGGUAUGGCCUGGGUGGGGUCAUGCGAGUGAAAACGAUGAACUGCCGAGAGCUUUAUCGUCAAGAAGCAAUGCGUUAUGGAUAGGUCCGUCUGCUGAAUCUAUGGUUGCUGUUGGGUGUAAAAUUGCAAGUACAAUAGUAGCUCAAAAUCAUAACGUUCCAGUUGUCAAGUGGAGCGGAAGUCGCGUUAAACUAGAAAAAAAAAAAGAUGGGACUGGUUUUGAGGAAAUUACUCAAAGUCAUAUUCAGGACGCAUGUAUUAAGAGCGUAAACGAUUUAGUAACUUUGUUAGAAAAUAAUAUGAUUGACGUUCCUUUUAUGCUAAAAGCCGCAGCUGGUGGCGGUGGGAAAGGUAUUAGAAUUGUCAACAAUAUAGAGGACGCUGAAGAUGCAUAUAGACAAGUCUGUAAUGAAGUUCAAGGUAGUUUAAUUUUCGCUAUGAAUUGUUUAAGUAACUGUAGACACAUUGAAGUUCAAAUAUUAGGCGAUAACUACGGAAACGUUUUACCUUGUGGUACUCGAGAUUGUACUAUUCAACGACGCCAUCAAAAAAUUAUUGAAGAAGGUCCACCUAUUUGUCUUGAUGAAAAAACUAAAAAUGAAGUAAUGGAAGCUGCAAAGACUUUAUGUGAAGCUGUCCAUUAUAAAAACGCAGGUACGGUUGAAUUUUUGUAUGACAAUGAAACGUCAAAAUUUUAUUUCCUUGAAGUGAAUGCACGGUUGCAAGUCGAACAUGUUGUAACUGAAUUACUAAUGGAUGCUAAUUUACCAGCUGCUCAAGUCCAAAUAACAAUGGGGCUCGAACUUGACAAAAUCGAUACAUUAACUAAGUACAUUGAAGAGAAAAAGAACAAUCUCAUUAACAAAAAACACUGUAUUGCAGCGAGAAUCGUAGCUGAAAAUCCUGAAAAAAAUUUUCAACCAACAACUGGAAAAAUACACGAGUUACACAUGAAUGGCAGUCCUAAUGUUUGGGGUUAUUUCAGCAUUGGUCAAGGCGGUACUGUUCAUCAAUAUUGCGAUUCACAAAUUGGUCAUAUAUUUUGCGUUGCAGAUAACAGAGAACAAGCCAGAAAAUACCUUGUAAGAGCAUUACACCAACUUACAAUACGAGGAGAAAUAUCCGUUAACAUAUCAGCUUUACUUGUAAUUUUAAACCACGAAGAUUACAUUGCAAAUAAAACUUGGACAAAAUGGCUUGAAGAUAAAAACAUAUGUAGAGUCCAGCAAAUUACAGAUGUUUGCUCUAUUUCUCCAACUUUUUUUAAUGCAGUUCUCUAUGGAGCGACUUAUAAAGCAAUUACCGAAUUUAGAAAUAAUGAAGAAGAAUUUAAAGCUAAGAUUAAUCAAGGUCAAGUUCCUGGUAAGUUGCUUGAAAGCGUGCAAUGUACUUUAUUAUAUCAAGGUGCUUUAAAAUUUAUUACAUCCUGUUAUCAAUCAAGUAAUAACACCAUUAAAGUUACAUUAAAUGGAUCAGAAGCAACGGUGAGAUAUAACGAAUCGUCAACUCAACUUGAUAAAAAAAUAUCAUGGUUUUUUAUGAGUGAGGGAAUUGACUUUAAACAUAGAAAAGUUGGGUUUCAGGAAAAUACCGAUAUUGGUGAGUUAAAAGUUGAGGUAGAUCAUCAAACAUACUGUUUUUCAAAGGAACAAGAUCCUACACAAUUUUGUGCUACUUAUUCAGCAAAACUUGUGCGUUGGUUAGUGGAAAAUGGAUCUUAUGUAGAAAAAGGUACUAACAUCGCAGAAAUUGAAUUGAUGAAAAUGUAUCUGCCAUUAUCAUCUGAAAUUAGUGGAACUAUAACUAUUUUACAAUCAGAAGGUGUAGUUUUUCAACCUGGUGUAUUACUAGCAACUUUUGAGCCUCCUGCUCAUGUAGUAGUAAAAAAACCCACUGUAUAUUCAGGCACUUUUGCCGAAGUAUUGAAAAAUACAACAAGUGUUAACUUAAAUAAACAUCAUCCUAUAGUUUGCUGA